AUGUACCAAAGAAACGAAAACUAAUAUGAGUCACAACAUCUCAAUUAAUUUGAUGGCAAUUAGCAGAAUAAUUAAAUAGAAUUGAUGGAGAGCAUUGAUAACCACUAGCAAAAUGCCCCAUUAAAUAACAACUAAGAUCCUCACUAUGAUCCGAAUGCAGAUCUCCCUCCUCCAAUGGAAAACUUAUAAGAAAGUUUGAGAAGAAUAUCGACGAGACAGCAAAGUUUUAGAGAGUUAAGACAAAAUUUGGAUAAUUCUGCUUAAACAGCCAGGGAGUACAAUGAGAUUGAAUUACGAAAAGUCAAGAAACAAUCGAUUUAGUAUUUUAUAACAACUGCUGUUACCUGCGGUGUUUGGGUAGGAUACGGUGUAGGUAAGAGAGAUACUACUAAGAUAAGAACACCAGACUACAACUGUGAUACGCCGAUUUCAACAUGGCUGAUUGUAAUGGGAGCAACAUAUGGACUGUAAUGUAUAUACUACCUUUACUAAAUGAUACUGGUAUUCACCAAAAAGGAAAAAGCUAAGCCUGCUAUUUAAUUACUUAGUCUAGCCAACUUUUGUUUGAUCAUCAAUUUCUAGGUUGCAUGGCUCAUUUAUGGUAAUACAUUUCACUACACAAGGGAUAGUAUGAGAUGCAAAGAUAAUAAUGACGACUUUAAGAGUAUGUGGGUUCUGAUGAUGAUUUCUAUCGCUUUUGGCUACAUCCUAUUCUUAGUCUAUGGAUUGCUGACAUGUUGCUGUCUCUGCGCUUCUUGUAUUCUUUGUUGCGGAGGAGGAGCAAGAAACGGAUAAUAGCCUUAAUUUGUUGGUAGAAUUCCAUAUAUGAAUGCAGUUAAAACUCUCAAUAAAAAGAACUUCAAGAAUAUUGAUGAAACAAAUAAGAAUAUGACAGAAUGUUUGAUUUGCUUGGCAUAAUUCUAAGAUGAUGAAGAAAUUACCGAGUUAAAUUGUGAUAAGAGGCAUUAUUUCCAUACAGAAUGUAUUCAAUCAUGGAUGAAGAAAAAGCUUGAAUGCCCACUUUGCAAAAAGCAAGUAGGAGCUGUCGAAAAAGCCUGA